GUUCGGUGUACGUUGGUCAGACGUUGCGCGGCUGCACCGACGCGCACGGUUACAAGGCGGCAGUUAGCGCAGCCGUUUUCUUUUUCCCUCCGCGGCCGUUAUUCUCGCUACUCCCGCUUCAGAAUGGAGACCAAACCGGUCAUCACCUGCCUUAAAACCCUCCUCAUCGUUUACUCCUUCGUCUUCUGGAUAACAGGAGCCAUCCUGCUGGCGGUAGGAGUAUGGGGGAAGUUGAUGCUGGGCCCGUACAUCUCCUUGAUAGCUGACAACUCCACCAACGCCCCAUACGUCCUCAUUGGCACCGGCAUCGUCAUCAUCGUUUUCGGCCUGUUUGGAUGCUUUGCUACCUGCAGGGGGAGUCCAUGGAUGUUGAAGCUGUAUGCCAUGUUUCUGUCGCUGGUCUUCCUCGCAGAGUUGGUGGCCGGAAUCUCUGGAUUUGUCUUUCGCCACGAGAUAAAAGGAACCUUUCGGAGGACGUACACUGACGCAGUCCUGAACUACAAUGCUGAGAGUGAGGAGAGUCGUGCUGUUGACAAUUUGCAGCACAAGCUGCGUUGCUGUGGUGUGUAUAACUACACCAUUUGGUUCAACAGCGCGUAUUACCCAGCUCACGGCCUCCCUACCAGCUGCUGCUUUAACUCGUCCGACUGCAGCCCCGACGACCUCCGCAAUGCUACCGCCGUCCCAAGCAAAGUCUACCACCAGGGCUGCUACGAGCUGGUCACUUCAUUUAUGGAAACCAACAUGGCAAUCAUCGCAGGAGUGACGUUUGGAAUUGCCUUCUCACAGCUGAUUGGCAUGCUGCUGGCCUGCUGUCUGUCCAGGAUCAUCACAGCCAAUCAGUACGAGAUGGUGUAGCUGAAGCGACGCGGCAGGGAGAUGAAGAAGCUUUGAAGAAAUUCCCAAAACACUCUGGCGCGUCUGACUUGGAAUUGACCUCCCUCCGUCUCUCUGCCUGUGAUCUUUGUGUAAAAUCUGCGUGUACCUUAUUGUAAAGCACCAUUCCUGUUGCAACAAAGCUUUCCGCACAUUUCACCGCCGCAUGAGGUGGAAGCUGCUCGGGAGCGCCCGUCUCAGACCGAGACGGAGCAGCCGCUCUAUGACGGGGGCUAGCGUGCAGCGCGCUCAUCGCACACCCACUGCACACUUUUGUACAGAAUGACGUCGCUAACACUCGGAAGUAAUCGUUUCAAUAGGCAGGUUUCGUUUUUUUGCAUUUCGACUUUGCUGUUGCUCGCCGUUGUAUAUUCCUAUGGUUGUGAUAUUUUUCUGUAUCUGUACUGAGGACGACACUUUUAAGUUGAGCGUUAUUUGAGACAUGAGUAAAACUGAUAAAAACUAUAUUUUUUAUCCAGAUUAUGUAAGGACGUAAAACAGAUCUGAGGCGGAAUAUAGGGUAAGGGAUAUAUUAAAGCAUUUCAGUAUCGGUGAAAACUUGAUUGUGGUCAAAAGGACCAAAAGGAAACUGACUGUGGAUGUGAAUUUCCUGCCAAACUCCCCAAAGUGGCUUUAAAAAUCUAUUUAAAUCUACUAAAUGCACU